UGCAGGUAGCAUCGUCUGUUCUAUUGAAUCGUUGUUUGGGGUAGUGUCAUCUUUGGGCAAAAUUCAUAAGGUUGCAUCGUUAUAAAAAUUGAGUUAUUCUUUAUUAUAGUUUGUUAAAUAAAACGAUUACAAUAAUAGAAGCAGCUAUCUCCCUUCCUCCUCAUUACAAAUAAGAUGUCAGCCAUGAGGAUGAAAGCAGGGAGAUGUCCAACUGAUGAAUUAACACGAACCAACUGUGCAGUUGCCAACAAAGAUGACUUCCCUGAUGAUGUCAAACACAUUGAAGUGAGCACCGGUCCUGGACAACACUUUGUGUUUUCCAUCAAGUUUCACCCAGAGGUGCCCCGGGGUAGCAUCGGCUUCAGCCUCCCUCAGCGCAAGUGGGCCACCCUCUCCCUGGGCCAGGAUAUAGAUGUCAAGCCGUACCACUUCAACCCCACCUCCAGCUCUGAGUGUCUAUGCACCAUUGUUCUGGAGGCUGAUUUUCUACAGAAAAAAUCAGCUACAACUGAACCAUAUGACACAGACCAAAUGGCUAAAGAGUUUUUACUGCAAUUCUCUGGCCAAGCAUUUACAACAGGACAACUUCUGGCAUUCCAGUUUCUUGAAAAAAAGAUGUUGAGUCUUUUUGUUAAGAGCUUGGAGGCUGUCGACAUAAGUGCCAUAAAAGCAGGACAAGAUGCCAAACCUCGCAAGACUAGGAUGGGCAGGUGUCUGGGAGAUACUAUUGUCCAAUUUGAAAAAGCUGAGAACUCAUCCCUUAAUUUAGUCGGGAAAGCUAAAGGGAAAGUGGUGAGACAGUCUAUUAUAAAUCCUGACUGGGACUUCCAGAAAAUGGGCAUCGGUGGUCUUGACAAUGAAUUCAACGCAAUCUUCAGGCGAGCUUUCGCCUCUCGAGUUUUCCCACCAGAAGUUGUGGAGCAGUUAGGAUGUAAGCAUGUCAAAGGUAUCCUGUUGUUUGGUCCGCCUGGCACUGGCAAAACUCUGAUGGCUCGACAGAUUGGUAAAAUGCUGAACUCAAGAGAACCAAAGAUUGUAAAUGGUCCUCAGAUCUUGGACAAGUUUGUGGGAGAGUCUGAGGCCAAUGUGAGGAGGCUGUUUGCUGAUGCUGAGGAAGAGGAAAAGAGGUUGGGGCCCAACAGUGGGUUGCACAUCAUCAUCUUUGAUGAGAUAGAUGCCAUCUGUAAGGCCAGAGGCUCUACUGGCAGUAACACAGGGGUGCAUGACACUGUGGUUAACCAGCUGCUUGCCAAGAUAGACGGCGUGGAACAGCUCAACAACAUCCUGGUCAUCGGCAUGACCAAUCGUCGGGACAUGAUUGACGAGGCUCUCCUCCGACCUGGCCGACUUGAGGUGCAAAUGGAAAUUAGUUUACCAGAUGAAACGGGUCGAGUACAAAUCCUGAAUAUUCAUACUUCACGUAUGAAGGAGUUUAAGAAAAUAAGUGGUGAUGUUGAUGUAAAGGAACUAGCCGCCUUAACCAAGAACUUCAGUGGUGCCGAGUUAGAGGGAUUGGUACGUGCAGCACAGUCUACCGCCAUGAACCGGCUCAUCAAGGCAGCCAGCAAGGUGGAAAUAGAUCCUGCUGCCAUGGAAAAACUGCUGGUGUGCAGAGAGGACUUCAUGCAUGCACUGGAACACGAUAUCAAACCGGCUUUUGGUACGAGUGCAGAAGCUUUGGAUCACUUUUUGACAAGAGGAAUCAUCAAUUGGGGAACACCAGUCAAGAAUAUUCUAGAAGAUGGAAUGUUGUUCAUUCAGCAGGCAAAAGCUCCAGAAUCUUCGGGAUUAGUUACAAUUUUGCUAGAAGGGCCUCCUAACACUGGAAAGACAGCUCUAGCUGCUCAACUUGCCAAGAUGUCAGACUUCCCUUUUGUCAAAGUUUGUUCUCCUGAAGACAUGGUGGGCUUUACAGAGUCAGCAAAAUGCCUAACUAUUCGUAAGUAUUUCGAUGAUGCUUAUCGUUCAACUCUGAGCUGUAUUCUUGUGGACAACAUAGAACGACUGCUGGACUACGGACCUAUCGGUCCUCGUUACUCCAAUCUCACCCUGCAGGCACUACUGGUGCUGCUCAAGAAAGAGCCUCCUAAGGGGAAGAAACUCCUGAUCCUCUGCACAAGCAGCAGAAGGCAAGUUCUAGAAGACAUGGAGAUGUUGUCAGCGUUCACUGCAGUGCUGCAUGUACCCAACCUGAACCGCCCUGAACACCUGCUGGCAGUCUGCGAGGAGAGUGAGCUCUUCACCAAGGAACACAUGUCAAAGUUGAUGAAACAGCUUUCAGGCCAUUGCAAGUUGUUUAUUGGAAUCAAGAAACUGCUCGCUAUGUUGGACAUGGCACGCCAGACUGAGGACUCGUAUCGAGUACUCAAGUUCGUGUCUCGGCUAGAGGAGGAAGGCGCUCUCGACAAAGGUACCACCAUGCACUAGACAGUAUUCUAAACAGUAUCCCACCAGAUGCAGUCUGCAGUUGAGAUAUCACUGUAGUGAUUUUUAUGUUGUUUGUCUAGAGGUGUAAUUUAUUGAUAUGAAAUAUAAAUAUUAUACUUUAGGUUAUUCUAACGUCCUGUGUUAAUUAAUUAGUUUGGAAUAUAUAUGACCUGUAAAGUUGUUACUUAAUGCUAAUUUAAAAUUAGUUCUAUAUAAGAAUACACAUGAGACAAAUGAGUUAAAAUAAUAUGUGAUAUUUUACCAGCUACUAAAUUAAUUUACGUAUAAAUCCUGAAUAACUGUAUUGGGUCCUGUACUGGCAUACUGUUUUCAGCCAAUUUAGGCUUUUCCUAAAGUUGUUGAAUGCUACCAAAAUCAUAACAAAAGUAUAUCUCAUUUUUAAAAUGUAUAUAAAUAUAUAUAUAUAUAUAUAUAUAUAUACAUAUACAUAUACACAUAUAUACAUAUAUAUAUACUAAGCAUGUUGUUUAUUGUUUAUUGUAUAUAUAUAUAUUAUACAUUCAUGGAAUGGUAAUACAUUUUAAGUUUUAGAACUUAAAAAAUUAUACAUGCUUAGUAAAGUUUUCUCACGCAAAAUUAUCAGUGUUAUUAUAUUAUCAUAUAUGAAAUUUUAAAAUAUAAAAGUUUUAUAAAAAAUGCUGUAUACUAUUUUUGCACAAUAUAUUUAGUUAUAAAAAAGUUACAUAACUUUCAGUUGUUAUUUAAUUUUUUUGUAUAUACCUACGUCACAUAUGUUGUCAUAUAAUUUGGUUUUAACCAACUACUUUAUCCAAACUUUGAAAUUAAACAUUUUAAUUAUUCAACAUCAAAUAAAAUUUACAGCAGUAACUGAUUUAAAUUAUGAAUUUUUAUCUGGCUACCUAUUAGUUUGCAACAAAGGUGUUCUUAAUAACAGAAAAAAAACAAAAAAAUAUAAAAGAAUCAAGUUAAAAGUAACUAAAAUUGAUUAAUUUUGUGUUUACUAGUUUUUAAACCAAAACAUCAAAUUGCGGAUAUAAAACAAAAUUUACAAAAUAUCUUUUUAUACUUACUCGGCGUUGCCAGUACAGAAGUGCUCUGAACCAGUUUGAAAUUAAAAACAUUAAUGUUGAAAUCGUCAGUUAAAAGUUGAUUAUUAUUAAAAAAUACACAAAUUCUUAUUCAAGAAUCCUAAUUCUUCUUUUAUUAUCAAAAUUUUGAACACACAAUUAAUAAUAUGUUUACAGUGUUCAUGAAAAUGGUUCAUGAUGUAUGAGAAACACUUUCCUUAUCAUUAACAUUUUUUUGAUGUGGUAAACAAACUGAUCUAUUUGAUAAUUUACAAUAGUCAUUAUUACUUAUUAGAUAUAGAUCUGAAGUAAUGCAUUGCCUGGUCUAGUAAUGUUAUUAAUGUUUCACCAAUGAAGGUCUUCCAAAUUUUGUCAGUUGAAACUAUCCAUAAUUAGAUUAGACCAUGACAGUCUUCCCCUCUGCUAGUCCAAUUGGACCGAAUAAGCUUUUUCUUGUUGCAAGCUGUACAAGUCUAUAUAUGUGUACCAAUAAUAUCUAUGAUAACUGGUUUUGUUAUCAAUGUUGGAAUGGUGUGUCAGGAAAGACAAAACAAGUUAUUAAAUUUCAAUGAACUAACACAUUUUAGAUAGCAAGUAUGGAACAACCUCCAACUAGAUGUUUUAUGAACGGUGUUUGAAACAAAUAAAAUUCAAAAAUGAACUGUCAUAAAUGUCAAUCUAUACAGGGUUUACAGUUCAUGUGUCAGGUUUCCUUAAAAAGUGAAUCUCUUGUAAAAAGAGUUACAUUUAUGUGUUCUUUUAAAAUAUUGUGUACAGAUAUUUCAAAUAAGACAGUUUUAAUCUGGCAUAUUACUUUAAGUAACAAAUAUUUGAACAUUUCUUAUAAAUUUUGAACUGUUGUAUUCUGAUAAAGAAAAUUUAGAAAUCCAUGUUUAAAAAAUAUAUAUUGUGAAGUGCCAUAUUUGUUGUAUCUCUGCAGAGCAGGAUCGGGUUAUACAUUUAUAGGACAUGGUGUUGAAUAGUAAACAAAUUGAGUCAUGGUCAAAGAUGCUCAAUUUUGUAAAAAUCAUCUUUGCCUUUACCGGAAACACUUGCAUUGAUAAACGGCUAUAAAAGACGACCAACUGAUAGCCAACAUAUUCCAUGUAGUCCUAGUCCAAAAUAAUUCACCGAACAGCCCACCACAUAGAACGCCCAUGUGAUGGAUAAAUUCUGCAAAUCAUCUUGAAGAAUGAAUGAAUUAUAUGCUAUUUUAUAUGUUUUGGGGAUGGGUGGAUGGGAUGAGGUCAUGGGUUCAAUUUUCAAAUUUGAAUUCUUUUUAUUUUUUUUUUUUUUUACUGUCCUUAGUGGUUUUUAGUGUAUCUAUCAGUAUUUUGUAUAAUUUCAUUCUCAUAGUUUUUCAUUAGACAUGUUCUUUUCUUACAAUUUGGAACCAAACUUGCCUUUAAAUUGGAUACUAAAUAAUUUGAAUGGUAACUGAAAACUUAGGUAAUAUUUGAGUUGUACAUGUUCAUGUACGUUUGCUUGUUUAAUCGUUAACAAACUUUAGGUAGAAAAUGCUGCUCUGUAGCUUCAAUGUAAGCUCUAGAGUCCUACUUUAAGGUAUUCAGUUGAGUCUCGAUAAUUCAAUGUAUGUUUGGGGCUAACCAUGAGCAUAAAAACUCAGACUGUGGAAAUAUUAUGUAAAAGGUUUGUGCGACAAAUAUUUGACUUCUCUUAUUGGCCUAUUAUUACACAACUGAUCACAUAUAGGAUAUGGGAGUGGAGGGGUAACCUUCUAAAAUUGCGGCUAGAAAUUUAUUGUGUUCUGUCCAGUUGGUGAGUCACAGUGCCCUGCUGUGUGUGUUACUACAUUUUCUUGUAUUGCAUUCCACUAUAAUUAAACAUCUUGAGCAACAUGAGUUGACAUGAAUUUUUGCCAGAAUAAGGGGGAAAAUAAUCUUAAGAUAUAAUCUCUAUGAUGAAAAAGUUUUCAGUGAUGAGUUUAUUUGUGAUACUCAGGUCAAAGAGUGCUUGAGGAAAUUGAGGAAGAUGGCUGCAUUUGAGUGGAGAGUGAUCUGCAACAUGGGAGGCCUUAAUAGACAGAAAUAUUGCUUACAUUGAACGUGUUUGUUCUGUUAUCAACGAAACCAUUGAUUGGCUAUAUGGCUAUUGGAAGAAGAUCUCUAUCAAAAUCUGUGUUUUGUAAAAAUUUUACAUAAAAAUUUGGAAAUGAACUAUUUGUCGAAUUUUUGGGUUGUUGUUUGCAAAUUGUAGGUCACUCUCCACUGUUUUGAAUUGUCUAAAGCAUUAUUUUUGUGAGUAUCACACAUAGAUUGAAUGUCAAAAGAUUUGUGUAUCACAGAGAUUAGUCAUAGUGGAAUGCAAUGCUAGCACAUGUAAUAACAUGAGCAGAGCUGUGCGACUCACGGACUGGCAGAGUACAGGGAAAUGCUUGGUGGUGGUCUCAGAAGAAUUGUGCUUCACCCCCAUAACUGAUAUUUCCGGAUAGUCACAUAAUAUUUGGCCAGGAAAGGAAAGUCAGAUACUUUUUAUACAUAUCUCUUAAGUGUAUGGCAUAUGCACAGUGUAGUGGAAAGUAUUAAGAAUGUCGGUGUACACAUUGGAAGUCACAUAUGAGAAAUCUUGGCUGGAAGUGUAGAUCUGUAUCCAAGAUUUACACUAUGAUUGUUGUUUUGUACAAUUGUUGGAAUACUGUAAGUAGAUUUUGUAUAAAAUACAUGAGCCUCAAACUGUCGGAACUUGAAUUACCGUGACUUUGCUGUAUUGUUAUUGUAAUUAUGGUUGUCAGGUAGUUACUAUUAGCACUAUAAAGACAGCUUCGAUCUGUGACAAGGUAUUGUUGUCUAGUGUUAAGUAUUAAUACAAUGAAACAAUUAGAGUAAAACCAUACAAGAGAACUGGAGUGGUUGUCUGUGUGUCUCAUGCCUAUAAAUGUUAGAAAGGUUUGCUUUAACUUGUCUUAAGCGGCCCAUACACUAGACGUGCAUUGCACGCCGUGCAGUUUUUUAUACUGGCAUGCCGUGCUUGGCAUGGCACUUUGUGCCCCACACACUGACAGUUUAGUCAGUCCCGUGACGUGCUAGAAGUUGGUUGUGGUCUUGUGAUACUGUGUAAUAUUGUCGUGCUGUGAUAUUUUACUACUAUGCCUCUUGUAACUAAAAAUAAAGCAUUAGCAGUAUUGUUGAUUGGUGCGAUUCAUGACGAUAGCAAAGUGAAGAAGAGAAGAAGACAAUUAUGGACGAAAAAUUGGUUAAAAGAGGGAGAAAUGUAUUCUGAUAUGAGACUACUGUAAGACUUAAUUAGGCAGCACAGUUCCACAAGGUCUAAAUACGCAUCUUGUUUUAGACUUUUAUUUGAGUACUCUUUACACUUCACUCGUCACAAACAAUGGUGAUUUCUGUAUCUAUAAAUAAUGGUAAGAAAUUAGGAGAGAGAAAAAUUUGUGUGUCAGCAGUCGACAUGGUAAAUAUAGGCAAAAACAUAGGUAUUUGCCGCGAGAGAACGAAAAAUAACCUCAAAAGACACUCCACUCUCAGCACGUGGCGCGGGACUGGUCCACACACUUGCAGGAUGGCACGGCGGCAGGUGGCACGGCACGCCGAAAAUCAAACCGAUCUUGAUUGCCAUCGUGCCAUGCAAUGCACGGCGUGCUUAGCACGGAGAUCUCCACACACUGGCACGUUUCUUCCAAUUUUGGCACGUCGUGCUUGCACGGCGUGCAUUGCACGUCUAGUGUAUGGGCCGCUUUAUAAAUAGUGUGUGAUUUUUGCUGCAGUUUAUAUUGCUACUCCAAAAUGUUAUUUUACUGUUUAUUUAAAUUAUUAAUUACUGUAAGUAUUUAGUUUUGAGGCCUGAAAAGUCUGUUGCAAUAUGUUUUUGGAGAUUGACUAAGUAAGAUUGUGCAACUACUUUUUGUCAGUAUGUGUAUCCUCGUUCAUUAAGUGAUAUGAGAUAAUGAAAUAGUUUUAUAAAUCUCUUUUAAAUGUAACAUGUAUUGGAACUGAUCAAAUGUAGAAUCCGUCAGUAUGAAUGAAAGAGUCAAUUGUAAGAUAACAUAUCAGACAAUUGAGUCUGGCCUGAAUUGCCUAUAACAUACUUGUGAAAUAUAAGUAUAGCAAUAACAUUAAUGUUGUCUUUUAGAACAUGUAAUUAUCAUGUCACUGCUCCUAUCCUUGCCAGGUUAACCUUAUCAAGAGAGUCACUGAUCUCAUUUAAAACUAGUCUAAUAACUUAUGGGACUACUUUUUAAAUCUAAAAAUAUUAUUUUCUUUACUUAAGGAAAUAUCUUGUAAAAUAUAAGAUGAUUAUCAGUGUUGCUUUACUCAAACAAUAAUUCACUGUGUUUUAGUAGGCUAUAGUUUGUUACAAAUAGUAAUAUCUUUUGUUAAAAACAUUUUAGUGUUUGUGCUAUCUAUUGUUGAAAAAUAAGCUGAAUUAUAGAUCAGUGGUGUUAUAGAUUUCACUUUUUAAUAAGCAAUUUUUGAACUGUGUAUAUACUUUAGGACUUAGACGAGGAAAGGGUACCAGUUCAUAAUACUGCAUUUAACUAAUAGCUUGACAGAGAUAAAUGUUGAAAUGCACUAUAUUUAUAAAAUUUCUUCUCUUUUAGUUUCAUAAAAUAAUUGAUAAUUUAAUAAUAAAAGAAGAUUUGAAUUUGUUCUGUGUGUAUGCUUUAUUAUAAAAUAAUUAAAAUGUAAUGAAAAUUAGAAUAAUAUAUCAUGUAAAUGGUUUGUUAAAAAACCCCUUUUAACAAGACCCAGUCGUUGUGAGCAGUUCUUCUGAGUAGAAACUUGGUAAGCAUAAAGCAGAACUUGUUGCUGAAUAUUAAUAUAUCCUCGUGUAUAUACACCAGCUUGUGAUAAAUGUGUUUCGUUCAAUGUUACCACUAGUCAUUAUAACAGUGCAAAUAUUCAUUUAAUUUAAAUUUGACGCUUUUUUACAUCAAUCGAUUUACAAAUUUGAAACUGUUUAUCCGUCAAAUUGGUUAUGUUUCAGGGGAAGUUGAAUAUGUGAUUAAUGUUAGGUUAUGAUUUUGCUAAUGUUCUAGCAUGGUGUAAAUAGUAUAUAUAUAUAAAAAAAAAUGGAAUAUGUUUAUUUUUAUCUCACAAGGAAAAUUAAACAACUAAAUAUAAAUUGUAUAGAUUCAAAAAAUGAAUAUGUUUAUUUUUAUCCCAUAAGAAACAUAAAUCGACUAAAUAUAAACCAUAUAAAUUCAAAAAGAAUGAAACUAAACUCUUGAGAUAUAAAAUCUUGCAGAUAAUGCAAAUAAAUUUAUAAACUGAGUAUAUAGUUAUGCUUUUACUGUGUGGUUCAGUGAUGUAUUUUAAUUUUUGCUAUGUGAAAAGAUUUUAUUUUUUAUGUCUUAUUUGACAUUUUUGAGAAUGUACACUUCUCUCCAGUUUGGUAAUAAUAUAUGUAAUGCUAUGUACUUUUAGAAUAUGGUAGGAUUAAUAUAUUCUCUAAUUAUUUACUUUAAAAAUAUUACGUGGGUGCAAAAAAUUACUUUGGUAGAAAAUUAUAUGAAUUGUUUUAUUAGUUAACAUUUAAAUUAUUGUGAUAUUCAAAUGUACUGAACUAGCACUGUGUUGAUCAAAUCAUCUUGAUGCCAAUACUAGGUAGUAUAUAUUAAUUUUUAAUUUGCCAUGUUGUUUGUUGUACUGGUUGGCAUUUUCAAAAUUGUAAAUCGUGUUAUUGGCCUUAGGUCAGUUUCUAUUCUAGUUGACUUGUAUGUAUUUGUGUAAUUUAUUACUACUGUUAGAAUAUUAUUUUUUUAAGAAAGGCAUUUUGUUAUUAAAAGUCAUUCCAUGUACUUUUUUACUGUAGAAUUUAUUGAAGAAGUUAAUGAAUUAUUUUGUUUGGAGAUUAUGUAUGUAUAAUUAAAAUAUAAUAAUUGUUUAAGGAA